UUCCCAACACUCUUUAAUUUACUCGUUCCAUAUAACAAAGACCAUCCUAUAAUUCAAGUGACCAAAACCAAUCAAUAAUAAUGUCUAAACCACAUGCAGUGUGCAUCCCAUUCCCAGUACAAGGCCACAUAAACCCAAUGAUGAAACUAGCCAAGCUUCUACACCUAAAAGGCUUCCACAUUACCUUUGUCAACACCCAAUUCAACCACAACCGUCUCCUCAAAUCAAGAGGCCCUAACUCCCUCGAUGGCUUCCCCGAUUUUCGCUUUGAAUCCAUCCCGGACGGCCUCCCAAUGACCGAGCAAAAGGCCGAUGCUACGCAGGACAUUCUGUCCCUAUGUGUGUCCACUGAGAAGAACUGCAUAGGCCCCUUUAGAGAACUUCUCCUCCAGCUAAACGACAGUACUAGUAGCGGUGUUCCGCCAGUGAGUUGUGUCGUUUCGGAUGGCUUUAUGUCGUUUACAAUUAAGGCUGCUGAGGAAUUUGGUGUACCUAUAGCUCUGUAUUGGACUAUAAGUGCCUGCGGCUUCAUGGGAUUUCUACAUUAUCGGCAACUUCUUGAAAAGGAAAUAAUUCCAUUUAAAGAUGAGAGUUACUUGACAAAUGGGUAUUUAGACACAACAUUAGACUGGAUUCCAGGAAUGAACAACAUUCGACUAAAGGAUCUUCCUUCUCUCAUGCGCAUCAUGGAUCGAAAUGACAUAAUGUUUAACUAUAUAAUGAGACAAAUUGAGGCAUCUUAUAUUAAAGUUCCUUCUCUAUUCAACACUUUCCACCCAUUAGAGUACAAAGUCUUGGAAGCUCUCUUCCCCAUGAUCCCAAAUCAAAUUUACACUGUAGGCCCCAUCCACCUACUUCUCAAAAAGACUCAACCCAAAAGUUUGUCAUCCAUUGGAUCUAAUCUAUGGAAAGAAGAGCUUGAAUGCUUGCAAUGGUUGAAUUCUAGGGAGGCCAAUUCGGUGAUUUAUGUUAAUUUCGGCAGCAUCACGGCUAUGACACCUGACGAACUUGUUGAGUUCGCUUGGGGUUUGGCUAACAGUGGGAAACCCUUUGUUUGGAUUAUAAGACCCGACAUCAUUGAUGGAAACUCGGGAAUUAUUCCAACUGAGUUUGUGGAAGAGACAAGAGAAAGAUGUGUGAUUUGUAGUUGGUGUCCACAAGAAGAGGUUUUGAACCACCCUGCAAUAGGAGGGUUUUUAUCGCAUUGUGGUUGGAACUCGACACUGGAGAGUUUGAGCGCUGGAGUGCCAAUUAUUGGUUGGCCUUUCUUCGCUGAUCAACAGACUAAUUGUUGGUUUUUGUGUUCUGAUUUGGGUGUUGGAAUAGAAAUUGAUACAAAUGUGAAGAGAGAUGAAGUGGAAAAGCUUGUGAGAGAGUUGAUGGGUGGCGAAAAAGGUAAGGAAAUGAGAAAAAAGGCUAUGGAGUGGAAGAGAAUGGCUGAGGAAGUGGCGAAACCUUGUGGUUCUUCUAUGGUGAAUUUCGAUAAAUUGAUUGAAGAGGUUUUGCAAGGACCACUUUCAAAACCCUAAAUUAAUUUUAAUUGCUAUAAGAUAUAUUAAGGUACUAUCAAUGCCGAGAAAUUAUAUUAUAUGUGUGUUUUCUCUUACAUUGUUCUUGUGUGAGUAAUUUGUGAGAUUAUUAAACUUUAAUCAAUUAAUAUGGUUUUGAUAAUUUAACAAAUGUUUGUU